CCCCGGGGCCCCAGUCGUGCUUGGGCCGGACCCCUUCCGUAGGCACUGAGGGCGAGGUUAAACCCGUGCCUUCUUCCCUUCUCAGAGCCUCGCAGCAUUUAUGUUUUCAAUCCCCGAACCGUGCCCCGUACCCGUCUACCUAAAUCUUGGGGGCUCGCGAGGGACUGAGUCACAUCUGCAGCUCGUCAGGUCUGGAUGGCGAGAGGGAGGGGGCCUCGCAGUCUGGGGUGGACCUGGCCCAACGCCCCAGAUUGUCGAUGUUAUUGUUGGGAAAGACGAAAAAGGCAGAAAGAUCCCAGAAUAUCUGAUCCAUUUUAAUGGUUGGAACAGAAGCUGGGAUAGAUGGGCAGCUGAAGAUCAUGUCCUCCAUGACACGGAUGAAAAUCGGAGAUUACAGCGUAAAUUGGCAAGAAAAGCUGUAGCUCGCCUGAGAAGCACAGGAAGAAAGAAGAAGCGCUGCAGGUUGCCUGGUGUCGACUCCGUCUUAAAAAGCCUCCCAGUUGAAGAAAAAGAUGAAAACGAUGAGAACUCAAUAAGCACUUCCUCUGAUGACAGUAGUGAAGAAAAGGAUGAAGCAAUAAGUGAAGAAAGUGAGAGUGAAGAAAAGACCGAAGUGAAGGAAGAACUGGAGCUGCACACAAAAAGGGAAAUGGAAGAAAGAAUAAUAACUAUAGAAAUCCCUGAAGUUCUGAAGAAGAAGCUUGAGGACGAUUGUUAUUAUAUCAACAGGAGGAAACGGUUAGUGAAACUUCCAUGCCAGACCAACAUCAUAACUAUUUUGGAAUCCUACGUGAAGCAUUUUGCUAUCAAUGCAGCCUUUUCAGCCCACGAGAGACCUCGUCAUCAUCAUGCCAUGUCACAUGCCAGCAUGAAUGUGCAUUAUAUCCCAGCAGAAAAGAAUGUUGACCUUUGUAAGGAGAUGGUGGAUGGAAUAAGAAUAACUUUUGAUUACACUCUCCCGUUGGUUUUGCUCUAUCCAUAUGAACAAGUUCAGUAUAAAAAGGUGACUUCGUCCAAAUUUUUUCUUCCAAUUAAGGAAAGUGCCACAAGCACUAGUAGGAACCAGGAGGAGCUCUCUCCAAGCCCGCCUUUGCUGAAUCCAUCCACCCCGCAGUCCACGGAGAGCCAGCCGGCCACAGGUGAACCGGCCACCCCCAAAAGGCGCAAAGCUGAGCCCGAAGCCUUGCAGUCUCUGAGGCGGUCCACGCGCCACUCUGCCAACUGCGACAGGCUGUCUGAGAGCAGCGCCUCGCCUCAGCCCAAGCGCCGGCAGCAGGACACGUCGGCCAGCAUGCCCAAGCUGUUCCUGCACCUGGAAAAGAAGACGCCUGUGCAUAGCAGAUCAUCCUCGCCCGUUCCUCUGACCCCCAGCAAGGAAGGGAGUACGGUGUUUGCCAGUUUCGAAGGCAGAAGAACUAAUGAAAUCAAUGAGGUCCUCUCCUGGAAACUCGUACCUGACAGCUACCCUCCCGGCGACCAGCCACCUCCACCCUCCUACAUUUACGGCGCGCAGCACUUGCUGCGGCUGUUCGUGAAACUUCCAGAAAUCCUUGGAAAGAUGUCCUUUUCUGAGAAGAAUCUGAAGGCUUUACUGAAGCACUUUGAUCUCUUUCUGAGGUUUUUAGCAGAAUACCAUGACGACUUCUUCCCGGAGUCCGCCUACGUCGCCGCCUGUGAGGCGCACUACAGCACUAAGAACCCCAGGGCGAUUUAUUAAAGUUUUGAUGGCUCUGGAAGAACAGCUUUUCUGUCUAGCUUCGCGCUCUGGGUCCCCAGUGGAGAACUGGGGAGACGGUGGGCCUCCUUUCCUGACAGAGCCGGUGGGGUGCCCACCCCAGGGGCCUCUGGCAGAGGUGGGCCCAUUUAUUUGAGUUACUUUACUUACAUACUGUAGUUAUUUCUGUUCAAGAGUACGUCCUUGGUGCCCGAAUGGCCUCCAGCAUCUGAGCCUUGCCAGUGAGCAUGGACGCCAUCGCUGUUUAGGCUGUUUCUGUAGACGUUGGAGUCGUUACCAAUAACCGUGGUUUUUUAGUUAUUUGUUAGCACUAAGCAAAUUGUUUUGCAAACUGUUUUCAUUCUUACGAUGAGACUGAGCAACUCUGUCUAACAAAUUUUAGUUUUGUUUGGAAACUGCAAAGUAGCCCCAAAAUAUUUUAGAGGGAAUUGAUAUUGACGGCAAAAGAAAAUUUGCAGCUAUACAUUUGCUCGUUACAGUUGUUUUUCUGUAAAAUCUUAUUUUUGGUGCUCUAAAAAAAAACAUUGCCUGACUUGUUUGAGAUUUUACUGCUAUACUUUGUUGUGUAAUGUCAUGGUUCCCAUUCUGUAAAACGUUAUUUUUGGUGAUCUAAAUAAAGCAGAGCCCAUCUUGUUGGAAAGAACCAGCAGAGAGAAUAUUCACUCUGGCCUGGUCCUCCUCAUUGCUAAGGAACGGUAAGAUAACCCAACCCCUUGGCUCGUAACUUUUUAUUUCAUUCUGUUUUACCUCUGUGCCUUUACUGUUAAGGCCUUUUGUUUUCCUUUCCUUCUUUGAUUUUGCCUCACUUGGUGGCUUGACUAGAAGGUGGCUCCUGGAUGUUGGUGCAGCUCUUUGCUGUCUGGUCGCCACCUCUGGGCUGGGCUAAGGCCAGUGCGUUCAUCCUCCGCCAUGGCCGGCUUUCGGUCUAGGUCACCCUUCUAAUCCUCGUCCUAGUCCCUCAUGUGCCUUCCCCCUCCCCCAGGAUGUUUUAGGAAGUUUUAACUCAGUCGAAGGGAUGUCAGCACCACACAAGCCUUGAGUGGUGCCUGCCUUUUUCUGUAGCUCAGCUUGGCUGACGUUGACUCCAAAAGGCCACCAAUCAUGAACAGGGGCCACAGGGAGGUUUUUAGAAAUUUGUAAACGGUCACAUCAAAGAAACUUCUGCAUACACUGACCAGUGAGAAUCAGAACCACUGAAUAGGAGUAGACGCCAUCGUAGUGCAGUUAGCUGCUAAGUAGCUCGGGAUUUUGGUGUCUAGUCUGGAGUGGCCUUUGGGCCCACGCUAGUUGUUUCUGGUUUUUGCGGUGCCUGUUCAAACCCGGUGCACCCGUGUGCGCUCCAAAUUGUUGGGAACGUGUAAUCAGGAAUUCAUGGCCUGGAAAAGAAAAACGUGUCACAAGAAUCUGCUUGUUAAAUAAUAUCUCUAAUGAAAUGAACAUAGACUGUCUCUUGGAACAUAUGUAUGGUUAUGUACCUCGAGAUUACAAUGAAUUCAUUUUCUGAUAAUGAAAAAUUAUUUUCUUCCCCCAAAAGCAUUUUGUAAUCACAGACUUCCCUUUAACUGAUUGUUUGCAGCUUAGGUUGAUUUAAGUAAUGAAAAUAUCUGUUGUAUGUUCAUAAUUUUUCAAAUAAUUCAUCGGGUAAAAAUAAAUGUCUAGACCAUCCUUAUAAAAAUUA